GCAGACGCUGAAUAUUACCUGCUUUGGUCUGACGCAAUGUAGGAAUCGAAUUCCAAGGAGAUCAUUCUGCACGGCGACGACCCAAUCGCUAUGCACCUGGUGCUCCAAGCACUGUACCUACCAGGGAACAAAUAUAGUCUAUCCGAGCCCUGGGUUGACGUCGACGCCGCCAAACUUGCACAGGUGACGCCCAGCAAGCGAGUCGUAUUCUCCGUCGCUGUUUGGCAGGUGGCGGACAAGUACGACUGUCCCGGAGUCAAGAACUGGGCGCAUCUCUACGCUAUUGCAUUCCUGAACAAUAUGCUUGUUUGGGCGCUAAAGAAUCCUCAGCAUCCACAUCUUCUUUCGUUCGUCGGCCUGCAGGACAUCAUCCAGUCUGUGUAUGAUGCUACGGGUCACAUGUCAGCAGACGCAGAGCCUUUGCGCGGCAAGACCGUAAACACCAUCAUAUCCCAUCCUGCAACAAAUUCAUUCGGAGAACAGAGCCCUUUGCGCAUGGAGGUAUGGCGUAUUGCACAGGUAGUACCACAGUUUGGCGCAGACAUGUUUGUUGCCACGAUGCGCAUACCGAGCACUCUUCCUUGUGUAUCAAAGCUUCAGAUCAUGGAGAGGAUAGUCUGUUCUAGAUGCAACGCGCAGGUAUGGAGUCCAAUGAAUGCUCCGAGGGGUCGUUGCGCUGCGUGUAAUGUGGAGAAUGGAUGGCGGAACGUUACGGUGCAAAGGCCUCCUCUACAAUCUCUAGAUCCGUCAGCUUCUUCAGCCCCAUGACGAGUUGGUACGAAGGGC